AUGAGUGGACGAGGUGGUUUCUCAGGUAGGGGCGGUGGUGAUAGAGGUGGAAGAGGUGGUUUCAGAGGCGGUGGCAGAGGUGGAAGAGGUGGAUUCGGUCAGAGGGAUUUUGGACCACCCGAAACCGUACAGGAAAUUGGUUCCUUCCUCCAUCCCGUCGAAUCCGAGAUGCUCUGCUCUCUAGCGACCCCUACCAAAAUACCAUAUUUCAAUGCUCCCAUCUACCUGCAGAACAAGACUCAGAUCGGUAAAGUCGAUGAAAUCCUCGGUCCUAUAAAUCAAGUUUAUUUCACUGUUAAGAUGGAUCAGGGGAUGUUAGCUUCCAGUUUCAAAAAAGAAGAUAAGGUUUAUAUCUCCGGUGAGAAAUUGUUACCUAUAGAGAGGUUUUUACCUAAACCUAAGACUGCUGGUGGAAAAGAACGAGGCGGUGCUCGAGGUGGUAGAGGAGGUGCAGGCGGCCGAGGCGGACGAGGCGGACCUCCAGGUCGAGGUGGCCGAGGUGGAUUCUCAGCCCGUGGUGGACCUGGUGGAAGAGGUGGUGCCCGAGGUGGAGCAGGCGGUAGAGGUGGAUUUGGAGGUGGUAGAGGUGGUGGUGCGCCUAGAGGAAGAGGCGGUUUCGGUGGUGGAAGAGGUAGAGGUCAAUAA